CCAGCAUUCCAGGAGGAAAUACGGCUGGGCUCGAGAUUUAUUCCAUMCAACCUUUGUGGGUCCACCAGAACCAGCCCCUCCUCCUCAGGUACAGCCUCACGAAGAACCAUCAUUCUGGAUUCUCUGUUUCCACCCAACAUACCUGARGGACUUCUACUCCAUUUGCUCCAUCCACCCCGAAGACGUGAUCACUGYUAGAGGAGCAGUGUGUGGCAAUGGGAAAAGAAAAUGCACCUUCGUCUUACUGUUGAGUUUUGAAAAGGAUGUUUCAAACCUGAAAAGCUCAAGAAUCAACGGGCCUCUGGAAUCUCACUUUAUUCAAGUCAGUUUCUUCAUUUUGAUUUCAGUGUUUUUCCUCACRACUUGGUCCAAUGGGGCUGUGCUUUUCAAGGAAUUAAAGUGAGUUCUCUGAGCCUCGGCCCUUUCUUUAGGGGAAUGAAUCAGGGAGAAAUUCUUUGAGAGGAAAACUGUCCACAUCUGGAAACAUGAAGGUUCCAUCAGACAUUCAACCAGAAAGCAAUGGAACAAGAAGACUGGUCAAUGACUUCAGGGGGUCUGUUUUAUGUUUCUGGCUGAAAUUAUAUAAUUAUCUGCUGGAGUUCAGGAGUGCCAUUCAAACUGUAACUAUUUCUGAACAAUUUUAUGGACAGGRAUACUAAUGGAUGGCCUGCUGGAUUCAUCUACUAUUGUUUUGGAAACAGCCGUACAAUCGUUUGCUGCUUUUUGCUGGAUCAUGUUGGUUAUGUAGCUGACAGCUGAGGUGGUUUGAAUCAGCCACCAGUGGGGUUCAGGGAUGCCCCGACUCAGGAAAACUAAACUACUCUAUUGGCCCACAAAUAGACUGCUGUUUCUAAUACAAGUCCUGGACUGAACCCUUAUCCUCUGAUCAAGGAAGAGCACCAGGUGGACAGAUUUUAUUUCCAAUGAGUCCAGAGGGCCCUGACAUCUUAGCAGCAACGAUUUUUUUAUGACUGACUCUGACCUGAGACAAGACAACAAAGCACCAAAGCAUAUCAUUAUUACAACAUUGUUUUUAUGUUUCAUUUGUUUCCACAAGAACAAGUCUACCUCUGCAUUCACAUCUCACCCCAUCAAACCGUUUUGAGUUGAUUUGUUUCUGAUAGGUUUUUACAUCAUCAAAAGCUAAAUAACCUCAAGUAUAAACAGAAGGGAAUAAGUGUUAGACUUUUGUCUAAUUGCAAAACUGGGAUUUUUCAGAUGCACCAUUCCAGCUUUGACACUUGUUAAACAUGCUUGUACUUUUUGGUACUGUUUUUGAAAAUAUCUAAAAUAUACAUGCAUAAGUGUUUAUUUUGUGUUCCUGUAGUGUAGCAGUGGCUUAUGCCUUUCCAMCUGUUUGUUCUGGCUGAUUUGGAAACAAUCACAUUAUAAGAUCAUUCUGUUGUCUUAAAWACAGUAGAUUCACUCUUUUGAGUGUUUUGGGACAAAUAGGAUAAUCUCGUGUUUUCUACUUGAUAGAGAGSCUUUCUUUGGUGUUCCUGGGUCUCAUUUGUGUGUCUCCUGUUUUUUUUUUAGCAUUUUGUUUUGUUUUGUUUUUAUGUCACCACAUUAUUUUUGCCCCACAUUGGACAAAGCUCCUCAUGACAAGUUUCUUGUCAUAGCAGUUGGUGAGCAAAAGCACAAAUCACCACACACAAGAAGUGAUGCCAGGUAGCAAUAGUAAAAGUAGAGGGAGGGGUCCGUCUUCUUCACCUCUCCCCCACGCUGUGGUCCUAACCAGAAGACCCCUGAGACCCUCGCGCUAUGUUCCAGUGUCAGCAGCCACCUUCUUUCUUGUUGGCUCAACCACACUCUUCUUCUGCUUCACGAGUUUGAUCACCACUGUCCAUGGGUCAACAACUGCAUCGGCAGGAGAAACUACCGCUACUUCUUUCUCUUCCUGCUGUCUUUGACUGCUCAUAUCUUGGCUGUGUUCGGCUUCAGUCUGCUGUUUAUYCUCUACCACCGGCAGAACAUCGAUCGCCUGCACGCCAUCGUCACGCUGGCUGUGAUGUGUGUUGCAGGCCUGUUCUUUGUCCCUGUGGCUGGGCUCACUGGCUUCCACAUCGUGCUCGUGGCCAGAGGCAGGACCACCAAUGAACAGGUCACAGGAAAGUUUCGAGGAGGGGUCAAUCCUUUCACCAAUGGCUGCUGGAAGAAUGUUUCUCAUGUUCUUUGCAGCUCGCAGGCACCCAGGUAUCUCAGCAGGAAGAAGUGUCUGCAGUCUGUAAGUGUGCAUCCCCCAUUUGUGCGGCCACAGCUCACUGAGGGCCAGUUGGCUGCUAAGGUUCUGGAUAACGGCAUCCAAGGAGACCUCCACCGGUCCAAGUCCAGUCUUGAGAUGAUGGAGAGUCAGUCAUGUGAUGCUGACCCUCCACCGCCCCCUAAACCUGAGCUGCGCUACCCUGGACUGACCCGAGGAAACACAGAAGAGUGCAGUCUGAUGAACAAAGCUCCUCCCACCCCCACCAUGUAUAAGUACAGACCAACCUACAGCCCGGGCAAGAACCACACAACACUCACACAUGCUUAUGCCAACCAGUUAGGUAAAGGGGAGAGUGUUGGCAGUGCCAGGGACUCCUCGUCCUCCACCUCCUCCCUGUUUCAGGCAGGACAGCAGCCUGGUUUCCGCUCACAGCCCAGCCUGGACCAGAGGGAACCUCCAUCAGACAGAGUGGGAGAGGAAGGAGGCAGGGACAGGAGAGAGGGUGGAAGAGAGACGGGAGCAGGGGGUAUCCCUGGAUACUCCCUGGGUGGACACUCCUACCCCUCCUUCUCAGACCCUACCGUUCUUUCAGGAGUCGCAUCACAAUCGUCCAGCUCCACACAUACGUCCACAGGUGGUGCACCUGUCUCUGAGGCAACCACCACAUCUGCCAGCUUCAAAAGUUCAGCCAACCAGACACCCCCACCGUAYCACCCCCCUCGCAACGGGAGCCUGUCCUACGACAGCUUACUGGCAGGUGGUGAGGACGUGGACAGGAAGGGGGUAACGGGUGUUGGAGCCCCGGAGCCUCCUGCUGGGACUCACUGCACCCCAGCAGCAGGCAGCUACACCUCCCCCUUUGUGUCCCAGCAAAGAGAGGCGUACCCACAGUCACCCCAGCACCACCAGCACCACCAGUUCCUCCAUCGUUCCUCCUCCACAUUUUCCUCCCCGCAGCCUCCUCAAGAGAGAGAGCACCUGCUGGGGGAUCCCCAUCCUGCUGCCCCGCCUCCCCCACACCACCACCAUUACCACCACCACCAUCAUCACCACCACCACUCCCAUCACCACCAUCGCCAGUCCUCCUCCCACCCUCCCCACUACGCCUACCCCUACAGCACCCGCUCCACAGAAACCCCCCCRGGUUCCUCCUCCACACCCCGCGCCCCGCACCCCGCGCCUCUCGGAAAGUCGCUUUCUUACUCGAGCGCCGCCGCCGCUGAGAUGCAGUACCGACUGGUCCGCAAGGCCUCGGCCGCAGCUGGAGCCAACGCAGCAGGAGCAGGGGGGGGAGGAGGGGGAGGAGAGGUGGUGAGGGGAGGAGCAAUUCAAGCGCCGAAAGAAAAGCUGAACCUGAUCCAACCUAACAGCAACCAGUCCUCCUCUUCUUCCUGCUCUGCUCCUUCUUCUCCCUUCCACUUAGUCUCAGCUCCUGCCCGACCUGGAACCAUASCGAGCCCCACCUACAGGUCUCAGAGUGGCGGCGUGAAGAAGGCGACAGGGGUCGGAGGCACCACCUAUGAAAUCUCAGUGUGAGCGGCAGCCGGGCUCCACUGAGUGGGAGAGUUGAGACCUUUGUUUUUGGACCUCAAACCAGAUUGGUUGUUUGUAUGUGGAGCUGAACUGAACCGAAAUGAAACAAAACGAAUAAACCGAACCAUCCUCCAGGAGGAAUAGAUCAUGACAACCUGUGGAAAUAGAACCUAACAGUAUUCUGUGGACUUUGUAAAGCUUAAUGCAGUUGGAGCUGGCAGGAGGCUCAGCUCGGGGCUCGGCUCAGCUUGGGGCUC